AUGUUCGAGGUUUUAGUGCGGAGAAUGCAGCGAGGCAUCGGCAGUCAAUUUUCACAGGUUUGCACCCAAAGGUUCUUGAAUGCAAACCCCUCUGAUGCCCAUUUACAAGAUACCGAGCGCCAUGCCAUGAGUGAAAAAGUCGCUCGCUCCGUACCGAAUGAAAAUAUCAAUAAAGCACUAUCUGAGUUGGAAAGAUUCGGCCUUCACGGAGAUACCCACUCGCCGUCUUCACUUUUCCGAGGACCAUUCGGGGCACUCAGAUUGCCACAAACAGAACUGAACGAGUCAAGUCCUUUUGAAGUCGACAAUAUACCUUUGCCUUCCCAGGAAUGGGACAAGAACCUCACGGAGAUACUAAGAGGGGAUGGACUCGACUUUGACGAUCUUUUGGUGCAGGAACCGAGUCCAAAUGACAAUUGGAUGGCGCAAGAACCCGAUCUAUUGCAGCUAGAAAACACAGAUAUCUGUCUGUUCGAGUCACAACUCCAACCACAAAUCGACGUCUACGGGGAAAAUAUCGAAGGCUGGACUCUCCUAUCACAUUACAAAGACCGAAUCGUCCCACUGAUAUCUCCCCUGCGACGUGGCCAGGAGACACCAUGGAUGGGCUUAGUGAUCCCAUGCGCAGUCACAACGAUGGGAGAACUAACAAUUAAAGGGCCAAUAAAGCAUGUGAGACUCGCCUUGCUGAAUGCAGUGUUGAGCACAAGUGCCUUUCAUCUCGGUAACAACACUGCUUGUCAGGGCAAUUGGAAGGCCUCUGGCGAGAUGUACCUGAGACGUGCUCAAUGUCACUUCCAAAAAUGCAUGGAGGAAACAUGCCUGUCGACUACUAAGAUGAGCAAGUACAAGGAGAUUUUGAUGGCCAUUCUGAGUCUUUCGAACGCAUUUAUGUUCAAAGGAGACUCAGACAAGCGACGUGCCUAUCUCAUUCAAACCGAAAAAUUUAUUCGUAUCAGAGGAUUGAGCCGGCCAAAGCUAUCUUCAAAGAAACGAGCAUUACACCACUGCUAUGCGUUCAUGAGAAUCAUGGCCGAAACAACCUGCGUCGCCGACAGCUUGGACAACCAACCACUUGAAACUAGCGGAGGAACAAUUGACGAUACAAUAUAUGAAGGAGACUUCCGAAUAUCUCCCAACCUAGCGUUUUCCGCAGACGCAAUGACCGAGGAAAAGGAUCCGGAGAUGGGACAACGGGAUCUCCACCUUGCAAUCCCAGGCCACUGGAGCUCCACGCUGUUUCCAACUGUGUACGGAGUCGACGAGCUAUUCCUCAUGCUUCUAUCCCAAGUAAUUCGGCUUGCCAACGAGCGCGACCUGUCAACAGCGUGCAAUGGGAAACAAGAAGAGCGACUAAGCUUGAAGGAGUUUUGGAUACGAGCAAAAGCUAUUGAGAAAGCUAUCAACAUGUUGAUAUCUUCACCAACCAGAGACACCCAGUCCCACGACAACCACUUCCCGCAGAAUGACAAGUCUACAACAGCCCAAGCAAUGUCCAUGUCUCUCCUCAUCUUCUUCUAUCGCCGAAUAUAUGAAGUCGACCCUGCAAUGCUUCAAUGCAAAGUAGCUUCCAUGCGCACCUACUUGAUAAAGAUCCAACAAGAUGAAAUCCACUCGACGGAUGGUAGCAGCGCUGCACUCAUAUGGCCUGCAUUUAUUGCUGCAUGUGAAGCAGUGGAGCCAGACUUGCAGCUUUUCUUUUCUUCCUGGUUUGACUACUGCUUUGCGGCUACUGCAUUAGUGUAUGCAUCAACGGCAAAGCAAAUAUUCGAGACAAUAUGGACUAAAAGGUCUAAGGCGGGCCUUCAUGGGGAGAUUUGUAGUUGGCCGGAUAUUUUAAGGGAAGGGAAUAUUAAGUUUACAUGUGUAUAA